UUCAUACAGAUAGCAGUGAGAUAUGAUACAAUAUAGGCAAAAACGAGAUUUGUCUAGAAUUAAAAAGUAGUACUCUCUCCGUCCUUAUGUAGCUUAGUCGUAUUCUAUCUUUGAUUGUCCCACUGUAGCUGAAUCAUUUCUUUUUUUGGCAAAAAGUAUUUUACCCUCUCUUCAUCUCUAUGCCGUUUUCCUUUCCACUUUAUUCGUCUUUUACUUAACUUAUUUAAAACAAUUUUCCUUAAAUAUCGUGCCAAAAAAAUGUCUCCACUACCUAGGGACACGGAGGGAGUAAUGCUUUAUAAGUGAACCAAAGCAGCCUAUUAGGAUAAGGCAAUAGCGAAAACAGAGGAAGGAGAGACACACAAGCACUCGGAACUCCAAUGGCUAAACCCAACGAGCUUCAAUCUUCCGAAUCAGCCGAUUUCGCCGCCCAAAUCUGCAACCACCUCUCCUCCGUCUUCACCGCCCCCAUCGCCUCCCCUCCCCCCCUCACCACGCUCGUCGACGAGAUCUCCUCCGCCUCCACCCGCGGCGGCAAAAUCUUCGUCUACGGCGUCGGCCGCGAAGGACUGAUGAUGAAAGCCCUAUGCAUGCGCCUCUUCCACCUCGGCCUCCCCGCCCACUGCGUCUUCGACAUGACCACUCCCGCGAUCGGAUCCCCCGACCUGCUCAUCGCCUCCGCCGGCCCGGGCGGAUUCUCCACCGUCGACGCGAUCUGCGGCGUGGCGAGGGGCGGCGGCGCGCGGGUGGUGGUGCUGACGGCGCGGCCGGAGAAGGUGGGUUGCGCGAGCGCGGUGGCGCAUAUCCCGGCGCAGACGAUGGCGGACGACGGGGCCGGGUCGGGUCGGGAUUUGUUGCCGAUGGGGAGUGUUUAUGAGGGGGCGAUGUUUGUGCUGUUUGAGAUGUUGGUUUACAAAUUGGGGAAGGUGUUGGGUCGGAGCCCCGAGGAAAUACGGGCUCGCCAUACCAAUUUGGAGUAGUUUUAAUGUUUAUUUUUCUUCUCUUUUUUUUUGUUCAUGUGUGUUGUUCUUGAUGUAAAUUGCAAUACUAAUGAAAAAUAACUUUGAAAUUACAGUUUUUUUAA